CUUCCACUUCCAAAGGGGGAGAGAGAGAGAGAGAGAGAGAGAGAGAGAGAGAGAGAGAGAGAGAGAGGAGGAGAUGGGAAGAGCAUUCGUGUACGUAAUACUGGGCGGCGGAGUAGCUGCCGGCUACGCUGCUCUCGAAUUCGUGAAGCGGGGGGUCUCCUCCGGCGAGCUCUGCAUCAUCUCCGACGAACCCGUUGCACCUUAUGAGAGACCUGCAUUAAGCAAAGGUUACUUGCUCCCAGAAGCUCCUGCUCGUCUCCCAUCAUUUCACACUUGCGUUGGUGCAAAUGAAGAAAGGCUGACCCCCAAGUGGUAUAAAGAACAUGGAAUUGAGGUGGUCCUUGGAACUCGGGUGAAAUCUGCUGACGUGAGGCGCAAGACGCUCUUGACUGCCAUGGGAGAGACAAUAAGUUACAAAUUUCUUAUCAUUGCAACAGGUGCUCGGGCUUUGAAGCUUGAGGAAUUCGGGGUUAAAGGAUCAGAUUCUGAAAAUGUAUGCUAUUUGCGGGAUCUAGCUGAUGCAAACAGAAUAGUUGAUGUGAUGCAUUCUUCUGCUGGUGGCAAUGCGGUUGUGAUUGGCGGUGGCUACAUUGGGAUGGAAUGUGCUGCAUCUCUGGUCAUUAGUAAAAUAAAUGUCACGAUGGUUUUCCCAGAAGACCAUUGCAUGGCCCGACUUUUUACGCCAAAGAUCGCUGCAUACUAUGAGGAAUAUUACAUGGCUAAAGGAGUGAAGUUUAUAAAAGGAACUGUGUUAUCCUCAUUUGAUAUCGACUCCAAUGGAAAGGUGACAGCUGUCCUUCUUCGGGAUGGAACUAGACUCCCUGCGGACAUGGUUGUGGUGGGAAUUGGUAUUCGUCCGAAUACAAGCUUGUUCGAAGGUCAGUUGACUCUCGAGAAAGGCGGAAUCAAAGUGAAUGGGAAGAUGCAAUCAAGCAACAGCUCAGUUUAUGCAGUGGGAGAUGUCGCUGCUUUCCCUGUCAAAUUAUUCAGUGAAACUCGAAGGCUUGAGCAUGUUGACUCAGCCAGAAAAUCUGCGAGGCACGCUGUUUCUGCUAUAAUGGAACCUGAAAAAACCGGAGAUUUCGACUACCUUCCCUUCUUUUACUCUCGAGUCUUCACUCUCUCGUGGCAGUUUUACGGGGAUAACGUAGGAGAAGCUAUCCACUUUGGGGACUUUGGGGGCAGCAAGUUUGGGGCCUUCUGGGUGAGCAAGGGCCAGCUAGUUGGUUCCUUUCUCGAGGGAGGGACCAAGGAGGAGUAUGAAGCCAUAGCUAAGGCCACAAGGCUCAAACCUGUGAUUGAGGAUACUGCUGAGCUAGAGACGCUGGGCCUGGAGUUUGCUUUGGCAGUCAGUCAGACGCCAGUCCAAGCACCACCUCAGCCCACCGAGGUCAGGGGCCCGAGCCUUAUCCUCGAGAAGCCACUGUAUGUGUGGCAUGCAACAGCAGGUGUCAUAGUGGCUGCAUCAGUAGCUGCCUUUGCACUGUGGUAUGGGAGGAAACGCCGGAGGUGGUGAGAGCCAGCUAAAGCGGGUAUAUUGAAUCUCGCGAUGAUACUCAGACCAAUGGAUGCCCCUUGUCGGGGUAUCGACAGGGUAGGAGACUACAUAUACUAUGUGGAUGCCUUUGGAUGAUGCAUUACAUAUGGCCACAUGUGUAAAAGAUGUAGGGAAACAAUCAAUUCACCUCUCAUUUGAAGCAAUAACAUUGCUGUUUAGGCUCGCACUUUCUCAUUGGAGGAGUGCUCCGGCUUCGAUGAUAAAUAAGAUGAAGAGGUCCAUAGCUGAUAAUCGAGCUUUAUUGCUUA